AUGGCUCCUUGUUUGUAUGGAACAGCCGCCACGUUCGUUGAAGACAUUCCCGUCGUUAUUGAAGCCCGCCUCCGUCACCAAUAUCUCGCCAUCGUAGCAGCACCACCAUUGCCAGGAAUGCAGCCUGCCGCCGCUACACCACCGUCUGACGCCAUUGACGCUCCAGUCGCCGGUGGAAACGAAGAGUCUCACGUUGAGACUGAAUCUAUGAGCCGCCGCCGGAGACCAUCAGAUGUGAGGUUGAAUCGGUGUUGUGGUCGUGAGAAGGGCAGGUCGAACCUCUUGCUGUGGGUCUUAAUGUCGCUGUCGCCGACGCCGACGCCAUCGCUGCACCUGUUCCCGCCGUCAACCGUAGCAGUGGUCACUUGUGCUGCUGCUGCCGGAACCACCAGGUGGGUGGUUGGGUUAUUUGUUCGAUCAAGUGUGUGGGUGUGA